AUGGAUGAGAAAAGCAAAAUGCAGGCAGAGAAGCACCUCACGGGAACGCUGGUCCUCUCCGUCUUCACCGCAGUGUUGGGCUUCUUCCAGUAUGGCUACAGCCUGGGUGUCAUCAAUGCCCCCCAGAAGGUGAUAGAAGCCCACUACGGGCGCGUGCUGGGCAUCACACCCCUGGACAGACACACCACCAACGCCUCUGGGGAGGAUGGCAUGGACCCCCAGGCUGGCACUGAGGGCACACGUGCACCUCUGGCCAACACUGAGGAAGACCUUGCUGCCUCCAUGCACAUCCUCACCAUGUACUGGUCCCUCUCCGUCUCCGUGUUUGCCAUCGGCGGAAUGGUCUCCUCCUUCACCGUGGGCUGGAUCGGCGACAGGCUCGGGAGGGUGAAAGCCAUGCUGGUGGUGAACAUCCUCUCCAUCAUUGGGAACCUCCUGAUGGGGCUGGCAAAGUUUGGGCCAUCUCACAUCCUCAUCAUCGCCGGGAGAGCUGUCACGGGGCUGUACUGCGGGCUCUCCUCUGGACUCGUGCCCAUGUAUGUCAGCGAGGUCUCUCCCACGGCCCUGCGAGGAGCACUGGGGACGCUGCACCAGCUCGCGAUUGUCACGGGCAUCCUCAUCAGCCAGGUUCUUGGACUAGACUUUCUCCUGGGCAAUGAUGAGAUGUGGCCCCUGCUCCUCGGUCUGUCUGGUGUGGCUGCCCUCUUGCAGUUCUUCCUGCUCUUACUGUGCCCUGAGAGCCCCCGAUACCUCUAUAUCAAACUGGGGAAGGUGGAGGAAGCUAAAAAAAAUCUGAAAAGGCUCAGAGGAAACUGUGACCCAAUGAAAGAGAUUGCAGAGAUGGAAAAGGAAAAGCAAGAAGCUGCUAGUGAAAAGAGAGUCUCCAUCAGACAGCUUUUCACCUCUUCCAAAUACAGGCAGGCUGUCAUUGUGGCACUGAUGGUGCAAAUCUCUCAGCAGUUCUCGGGAAUCAACGCGAUCUUUUACUACUCCACAAACAUUUUCGAGAGAGCUGGAGUUGACCAACCAGUUUACGCAACCAUUGGCGUUGGAGUGGUGAACACAGUCUUCACUGUUAUCUCCGUGUUCCUGGUGGAGAAGGCAGGCAGGCGGUCCCUGUUCCUGGCUGGUUUGAUGGGCAUGUUAAUAAGCGCCGUGGCCAUGACAGUUGGACUUGUCCUCCUGAGCCAGUUUGCCUGGAUGAGCUAUGUCAGCAUGGUCGCGAUCUUCCUCUUCGUCAUCUUCUUUGAAGUGGGGCCUGGGCCCAUCCCCUGGUUUAUUGUAGCCGAACUGUUCAGCCAAGGCCCACGUCCUGCUGCCAUCGCCGUCGCUGGAUUCUGCAACUGGGCCUGCAACUUCAUCGUGGGAAUGUGCUUCCAGUACAUAGCGGAUCUGUGUGGACCGUACGUGUUUGCCAUCUUCGCGGGUCUGCUCCUCGUCUUCUUCCUGUUUGCGUACUUCAAAGUGCCGGAGACGAAGGGAAAGUCCUUCGAGGAGAUUGCGGCUGUGUUCCGCCGCAAGAAGCUCUCAGCCAAAGCCAUGACUGAGCUGCAGGACCUGCGAGGCGGUGAGGAGGCAUAG